AUGAAUAGAAAUAUUAUUCAAUUAUUUAAUAACACAUUAAAGAGUGGAUGUUUCACUGUUAGAUCAUCACCAUCGAUCAAUUCUGGUGCAUUCUUGUUACAACAACAACAACAACCAGCAACUUUUUAUAGAUUACCAGAGGCAGCAACUUUCGAACAAUCAAUGGAGACAGUCAUGAACAAGACAUCAAGAAAGAUGCUCAAAAGACAUAGAAAGAAGGUCAACGGUACCAAAUCAAAUAUGAGAAGAUUAUAA